CUGUCAGCCAUGUAAAGCAUCAGUAAAGUCAUUAUUUUCGCGCCGUCGCGCACUGACAGCUAAGCUAGCAGCUAACUCCACUUUUAUAACUUUGGAGCUAGUUAGCUUACAUUUGCUGCCCUUACAGUAUCCAUAGUAUUGCCAAUUCACAGGUGGCGGUGAUGGCGAAGAAAACCUCCAGAAAUGUUGGGAAGUUCACGCUGACACGCAAGACCAAACAACUCAAGCGGAGCUAUCACCGGCCCCACCCGGCCAGAACCAUCGUGACCCGCAGCCAGAGCCACAUCAGCGGCAGCUACUUCCAUAAGCUCCCGGCAGAGGUGUUCCGCAUGAUCCUGGACAAACUGUCCGUGUUUGAGAUCAGUGUGUUCAGCAUGGUGUCCAAGGAAAUCAAUAGAUACAUUGUGGACCACAUCUCCACUCUGGCCUGGAGGAAUAAAAUGAUAACUGAAAACUUUCACCACAACACCUGCCUCGAAGAGAGAUUGACCAUUGGACACUACAGAGACCUGGGUUUGUUGUUCAAGAGAUCCACCUUGUUGCUGCCGACAAAGGACAGGCUGAAGUUUGUCUUUAGCAGGUUUUCACAGAUUCACUGCUUCAUGUUGGAGCAGUGUUUAACAGCAGACUGCAUCGGCUUCCCUACUUACGGAGUCUUCCUGCAGACACUGAUAGCAGGCUGGGAUGAGCUGGAGUGCCACAGGGUGUUCAGCUUCCUGUGUGACCUCACAAAUCUGCUGCAAAAAAUCGAGGCAGUCAUCACAGGAAAACCAGGCGUGCGGUGGCACCAGGAGCUGCAGCUCCGUCUGUUCUGCCGUCAGGUUCUGUUGGACCCGUGGCCGAACCAGCCGGAUUGCCAGUUCUGGUUAGCUCUCCUUCUGAAGCCUUGGCCCAUGGUCAGCCAGGCUCACUUACUGUUCAUUCUCUAUGGACCUCUGCUGCCGGAGGGCACCCUCGGUUGGCAGGAUCUGGUGGAGAGGGGGCUGCCUCACAGUGCUCUGUGGGACCUGGCCCGGGCCAUCCUCCUGCUUUUUGGCAAACUAGAAGUCCAAGACUGGACCGCCACUUCGAUGCUGACAAUCUUGGAGGAGCUUUUUGUCAUUCCUCUGCCGUGGCAUAUGGAGAACGUGGCCCGUCUCUUGGUCCUGUGUGGCAACAGUCUCUGCUACACCUUUCUGGCCAGCAAGGCUGUGAACGGACGACUUCUUGAGAUCUCUAGACUCAUCGUGUACAUCAUACUGGUGUGCGAGAAGGACGGCUAUCACAUGUCGUGGGCGGUGAAGUUGGUGCAGCAGAUCUGCAAGGUGUUCAGCACUGUGACUGAGAGGUUUCUGUUCAUCCAACACCUGGAGAACAUGUUCUCAGAGGUCACCAGGGAGAUUUUUGAGUUUUCCAUAACAGGAAACCAUUUUGAUGAUAGGGAGACUUUCCAGAGCUUGUGUUUCCUCCUGGACGCCAGCGCUCGCUUCCACACCAGAUUCCUCCACAUGUUCCUCCAAUAGCAAUGAUGCAGACAAAAACUGACAAUAUGUGGAAGACAUGAGGAGGAGUCGGAAGAGAACAGACACCGAUAAUGAAGGGGAGGGGAGUAAGUAAGACAAUGAACAUUUAUAACAAUGUAAGAUCAGAUAGGAGGUGCAGACAGACUCCAACAUGGGAAGUUUUGUCUGGUUGACAGUAUUUGCUGUAAACAACAUUGCAUUGGCUGUUGAAUUACUUUUUGCAAAACCACAUGGUUAUUCACACAUUUUGUAUUUCUCUGUAGGUUUUAAAAUCUUGUUCUUAAACAUCUGGUUAACUUUUGUAAACAGUAUUUAAUAUUUAUUUUCUUACGAGUAACAAUAUUUAUUGUAACUAUUAUUUAUUCACAUUGAACCUCUAUGUUAGUAAAGUCCAUUUCACUGUUUUUAUAUGACUUACUAAAAGAGUAUUUUCAAUUUU